AUGGAAUUCGACAUAAUUAAUGAUUUAAUAUCUGACACCAUAGGCAGAUUUUUCUCAACUGAGAAUUAAGUUUUAGUUAUAGAUGAUUUUAGGGGAAUGUUUUCUUCAUAGGCAAAGAAAUCAACGAUUUCUACUUCAUUGACGUCUUCAAUUUCUUAAAAUCAAUAAAAAACUUCUUCUUAGAACAUCAAAAAUAUAGAAACAUCACCAUUCAUUUCAAAAUAGCCUUAAAUACUUUCAUAAAACCAAUCAAUAAGCAAUCAACCUUAAAGUUAAGUGAGAUCAAAUAGUGCAUCAACGAAUUUACCUCAAUAGAGUUUGUCUUCAUCAAUCGGCCAAGCAACUACCUAAAGUAGCUCCUCUCUUAAUUCUUAAUAAUCUCAAUGGGGUAAUGUGCAAAGAAAUAAUCUUUUUGAAUAAAAUAAAGAAGCUUUAACACCUGAGCUUUGGAUCUAAAAGGAAGGUCCUAAUAAAUUAAGAGAAGCUCAAUAAAGAUUAAAUUUAAAUUUAUCAAGAGUAUCAAGAAGUGAUUUAGAAAAUAUGUCAUUUGAAUAGCUGACACUAGAAAAGAAGAAAGUAAAAUAGGAAUUAAAAAUGUAUGAUGCUUCAUUCUAGACUCAUUUCAAUAGAUUUCCACAAAAGAACGAAAAAGAGCCUCUUCGUCCAUUAUAUAUAUAUUAUAAGAAGUUGAAGCAAUUUAUGCAAUAGAAAGGAUAAAUUGGAAGUGUUAAUGAUGAUAAUGAUGAUGAGCCAGUUAGAACAAAAUCUGCUUCAUAGUAGCAAUAACAAUAAUAAUACUAGUAAUAGCGUUCAUAAAAUGGUCUUUCAACUCAAAUUUAAAACACAGCAAAUAACCCUUAGCAAGCCUAAAUAAUUAAACAAAUAGAAGAAUUAAAAAGAUUAAGAGCAGAUUUAAGAGAUAAGCUUCAUAAUUAUCAAUCUGAAUUUUUCAAAAAUCAUAAUCGCAGAAUAAGAUAUCACAAAGAUAUAUAACCUGUUGAGAACGAGUAUAGGUAGUAUAAAGAAACAAAAUAGGAAUUGAUAAGACUAGAAUCGAUAUUGUAGAAGCAGUAAUGA